UUUCACUUCAUCAUCUUCUUGCCUAUUCCUUGCAGGCUAACAAAGAUUUGCUGUUUCUAAUCAAAACCAGCACUAUCAAAACACAGCAGCUCAAAUUCCAUUUCUACUUAGCAAGUUUACUUGCAUCAGAGGUAGCUGUAGCAGCACCUUCUUACUUCGCUAGUAUCUCCACAAAAAAAGCUUGCAUUUUUUGGAUCUCUUAUGACAUUUGAACCCAAAACCGAACCUGGGUCCUUGCGCAGGUCCAUCCCGAUCGCCAAUGAAAAAGAAUACGGUGAAAUGAGUAUAUCGGACCUAGUUACUGUGCUGCGUACUGCGUAUAAAACUGAGGAUUUUGAUAAAAUUGAGCAAGAGUUGGUAAAGAGGGAAGCAAAACUUAGGGCGGAAAUUGGGCCACUCAGGGAGAAGGUUGAGCUGGAGAGGCUAGAGAGAAUUGAAGUCGAAGAGAGACUGAAAAUCAGAGAGGAGCAAUGUGAAAAGGGGAAGAGAGCCCAGGAUAAUUAUGAGCAGUUGUUGAAGGAAGUGAAAACAGGUGGCUUGGUUGAAAAACAUGCUAUUGAGGAGUUAAGGAAAAAGAACGUUGCUUUAGAAAGUGAAGUUUAUGAGCUGAAGGAGUCCAGGAAAAAAAUGCUAGAUGAUGUCCAAUCCAUGGAUGAAAUAAAGGAUAAGAUCCGUGUGUUGAAAGAGGAGAAGGUUGGGGACAAAAAUGCUCUUGCUGUCCUUAUCAUGAAGAACAUUGAAUUGGAGGAAGCAGUUAAGAAGAAUUUGACUGUCAUAGAGGGGUUGAAGAAUGAAAAUGGUAAACUGACAGACGAGAAGCACGAACUUAAGACAUUAUUUGAAUAUUUGGAGAAGAGAUAUAGUAGACUCCGUGUCAGUGAUGUGAAGUUGGAAGAGAGUACUAUGCCUUUGAUGAGUGAAGAUGCCUCUGAUUAUGGGAACACUGAAGUGGAGCCUAAUCUUGGAGUUUCUUUCGCUGUCAAAGAUGAAAAGAAUGUUAGUGACCACGAGCUUGAAAAUGACGCUGGGGAGCCUGUUCCUGUACAAAGGGAUGAAGAUACUCAUUACUCUGUUGAUACUGGCACUUGUCAGUCUCCCAAAAAAGGAAACAAGGAGGAUGCUGUAGGUGCAGGGGUAAAAUUCAAAUUAGAAAAGGAGAUCGUGGACGUAAGUGAUGAUGAAGAUGAUGAUGAUAAGUACACAUCACAAGGAUGGCAGGGAGAGAAAGCUACUUCUCAAAUAAUUGAAGAAAAUGAACAUCCAAAUCUCCCUGCAAAGAGAACGCUGUUGGCAACUCCCACACCAGGCAAUCCUUUGGUUUCCUCACCAUCAUUGUCUCUCUCAUGCCAAUCUAGUGCUACUAAGGUUUUAGCUAAGAAGGUUAGAGGCAGCACACGUUUGAGGACCUUGACAAGACGCAUCGGUGAAAAGAGGCUUCAAGUCUACAUUGAUGAAGCUACAGGGAGGCCAUCAGGUCCGAACCGUGAGACAUUUACUAGCUAUUUAGGUGCAUUGGCACGUGAGAAGGUAUCGAUUUUGCAUCCUUCAUGGGAUCAGGUGAAGGAAUCAACAAAGAAGUUGCUUUGGGAGGAUAUUUUGGCACACUUUGAGAUAGUACCAUCUGAAGCUGUCAGGGGAAAGACAUUAUCUUCAAUUGCAAACCUGUGGAGACACUUUAAAACCCAUCUCACCACGCGAUGGGCUUUGAAUGAGGACAAAAUUAACCAAGGAAUGACUCCAUGCAGUAUGUAUGGUAUCAAUGAGGAUACAUGGAAGCAGUUUGUAGAGAUUCGGUCUACUGCAUCUUGGGAGAAAAAGAGAAAAAAAGCUCAAGAAUUCCAAAAGAAGAACGAUACUCCUCACCGGUUAUCUCGAGGGGGUUAUCAGGUAUUGGAGGAGAAAUUAAUGGCUGAAAAGAUCAAAUUAAGGGAAGAGCAGACAUUAGAAUGUGAUAUUGAGCCUCGGACAAACACUAGUCCCCCUUCUCCUCCUUCACGUCAUGUUAAAUGGAAGAGGGCUCGAAUGACAUCAUCAGGCCAAUUCACAUCAGAAUCAGCACUUCAAAUUGCUAAGCGCAUUGAUUCCCUGGAGAUGCAGUCCAAACAGGGUAUGUUUCAUCCCUCCGGGCGUCAAGAUAUACUUGCUAUUGCUAUUGGACGUCCAGAACAUCCUGGUUGUGUUCGUGGAGCUGGUAAAGGUGUGGGAAUACGACAGUAUUUUGGACAUUGAACAAGGAAUGUUUUUGUCUCAAUCUUUUUCAUGCUCCUUUUCAUAGAUACAGUGAGAUGUUUUCCUAUUUAAAAUGAUGAAUGAGAACAUGUCAAUAAACAUAGAUUAUAGGGAUGCUUUGGAAUUUUUUAUGGGGGAAGUAUUUGAAAAUUUCAAUCAUGCAAGGGGAAUGUAAAUUUAUAGAACUUGGAAAUGUUUAAGACAUGUAUAGCUGUUUUGAAGAAUUAUAAUGUU